AUGCCUCGUGGCCACCAGAUGGUCCGAGCCAAGCGCAAUUAUGUUCCCAAAGUGAAAGGAUGCUUCGAGUGCUCGCAACGCCGCAUUGACUGUGAUCGCACCCAGCCAAGCUGUGCGAAAUGCGUUGCCAAAGGUCUAAACUGCAGUGGCUUGGGUCUCAGGUACCGCUUCGUCGACGACAUCACCUCGAGUGAGGGAAGGCGCAGGGCACGAGAAACUUUGCACCAGCAUCUGGCCUCACCACUUCCUUCUGACGUCCAUCAACCUGGCACGAAAGAUGCGGCUGCACGAAUUUAUGCCUGCCCUGAGUCCAAGUCAGACAUCUACGCUCUCCUCGCCGAUCAUGAGAAGAUGUCCAUGUCCAGAAAUACGUCUAAUGGCCGAACCGACCUCAGCUUCCCAUCGACCAGCCCGAUACAAUCCGACUGGGCGCAAGUGUCCUCGUCAACUUCUUCAUCUCCCCUCCCAGGCUCUCACCAUGAGCCCGACCUCAUUGCGACACCUCCAUCUGAUCUGGUUGCAGCAUGGCAGCAAUACUGUCUCCUUCACUUCUCAAAUCACAUUGCUGCAGAGCUGGUUGUCAUUGAUGAUCACCAAAACGGGUGGCGCUACUUGAUCCUGCCGAUUGCCCAUCAUGAUGAAUUGGUCCGAGAGGCAGUGUUAUCGGCAUCGGUAUUCCAUUUCUGCGCCACCGUCGAAGAGAAAGUCUUCGAUCCCAACAUCAUCUACAACAAUGCGAUCCGUGGCCUCCGUCAAAGACAAAACCUAGACGCCUAUGAUACAAGCGGCAAGCAGACAGUCUUGCUGGCUCUUUUGGUGCUCCUUGCAACCGUGAUAGUGAAUGGGUCCUCCGACUUCCCCACUGUUUUCAACUUGCUCGAAGCCGCUCUCACCGCCAGCGGAGGCGAAGCAGCAGUCGAGGCAGGUGAACUGGGCGUCUUCUUGGUGAGGCAGAUACGAAAAUUCCGUGGCUAUGCUGCACCCUUUCUUAGCCAGGAGCGAGGAGUUACUCGUCUCAGCCUUACGGCCUCAGGUGGCCAAGAAGCCGCCGACGGGUGGGACUGUUUCAAGUCAUAUCACGCCCUCCAUCCAGAGUAUAAUCAGCAAAUGUCUCUCAUCUACGACCUGAAUCAGCAAGCAUGUGAUAUCUAUGUCACUCGAGCGUCAACGGGCCUGAAUGGGCUGCCUUCAUCUGAACCAGUGGCUAAGUUCAUUCGGACUCUCGAAAUGCUUCCUCCGAGCUCACCAGGAGAGCAUAUCCUUGUAUUCGCAAUCUUCAUCGUCGCAUCGGAGAGUGCUCUCCGUGAGCAUCAGCAAUAUUUCACAAACGUUCUAUUGAGGCAUUAUCAACGUAACGGCUUUGCCAAUAUUCUCACCGCCUUGCAAUACCUGAAACGAAGUUGGAACAAGCAAGGUACCAUGCAGGACUGGACGGAGCGUCUUCCUCAGAUGCAGGUGUUGGUUGUAUGA